AUGUCCUUUUCGCACCGACUAAAGCGCUGUCGUAGCCAACGUAGCGCCGCAUCCCAGAACUCCAAAUCUUCUACAUCUACAUCUACAACUCGAAAAGGUACUGCAGCCUACACCGUUGUCCAUAACGGUAAAGAUGGCGUCCCUACCCCUGCUCCUCCGCCUUCUCCUUCAUCUUCGCCUUCGCCUAAUGCCACUGGAGCAGCGUCAUCUGACACCAACACCACUGCUACUACCGUCCGACAAGAGACUAAACCUAACAAGCCUGGCAAACCACAUACAGCAGUAAAACCAGAAGACAAAGACGUAGACGAGGUGAAGGAUGUGGAUAAGAUAGAUGAGGUGCAGAACGCGCGAACUAUACUUGUCACGCCACCGGAAGACCCAAUGCGCUAUGCAAAGUACGCGCGGGAAAUGACACAAGGGCCGUAUUAUACGAAUGUGCUUUGGCAUCGACGGGGGUGA